UUAGCAGCCCAAGUCACCUCUAGGAGCCUGUGCACGCUUUCGUUCGGACGUGCAGUCCACCUCAGUGGAGGGCACCUAGAGCCGUGUGUUCGUUUGCCGUCUUGCUUUCGAGCUGGAUCUGCCGAAGGUGCAGGCAGCAACCGCAGUUGGGGGCCUGGCGCAGUUACUUGUCCCAGUCCGACCACUUCCUAUGUCAACAGCCGGAGUCGAAGUCGAUGACCCGUGAUGUCCUUGACGGACGCCGACGUGCAGCAUGAUAAAUCAGACUUGGUCGACAACAUUGGCCCCGAGGUCGAUCAGACCAAGCCUUAUGUCCAUGCCAAAACGGGGUGGAUCACUCGAGCAGACGCACACACCUUUUUCCAUGACCGUAUCGAUGCCAAUAGAGCAAAAGCGGAUGCCUACCAAGCCCUUCGAGCUCCUAAUGCAGCAC